GCCCGACGAUUGGCGCGAACAAUGGCCUACCUGACCGAGGCCGAGAUCAGAGAGCUCGUCAAAGGGCUCUCCUCGGCCAUGGGGGAAAAUAGACAUGCGGAUUCAAAGGCGAUUCUCACGAAGCUACAAAAUGGUGUGCGACCGACGGAGGAGAUCAUCAGGGCUACAAAGGUUGGACAGGCGGUGGCAAAGCUUCGGACGUGUGAGGACAAGUCGGUGGUGGCUCUAUCGAAAGAGAUAGUUCGGACUUGGAGAUCGAAGGUUGAUUCGCAAAGAGUGGCUGCAAAGAAGAAAGACUCUCCUAGCAACUCGGCCUCGCCGGCGACGGGCGGGGCUCAAUCUCCUGCUACUCCAUCAUCUUCGACCGGAGGCGGGGGUGCAGCAUCUAUGUCGGUCUCGCCUGCGAAGAAGGAAGCCUUGGAUUGGGAGAAGUUGAAGGACAAGACCCGCAACGCAUGUCUGAAGUUCCUGUACGAUUCUCUCGAGAUCGGCAGCAGUGCAGAUCCACACUUGAUCUUCGAAAGAGCUUUGGCCGUCGAAGGGGCGACGUUCAAAAAGAUUGGUUCGGGCACCGUCAAUGGCGAAUAUCGAACCAAAAUUCGAAGCUUGGGCAUGAAUCUCAAGGACAAGAAGAAUCCGGCGCUGAGGUCCAGUGUCAUCGAUGGCACGAUACCCGCGGAUAAGUUCAUCACCCUCACCGCCGAGGAAAUGGCGUCGGAGGAGCUCAAAGCGGAGAGGACGGCGUUGCAGAUGCAAAAUCUUUUCAAUGCCAAGGGAGCCGAAGCACAGGAGGCAGAGACAGACGCCUUCGAAUGCGGCAAGUGCAAGCAGCGCAAAUGUCGCUACUAUCAGAAGCAAACGAGGAGUGCAGACGAGCCCAUGACAACGUUUGUUACGUGCACAAACUGCAACAACAAGUGGAAAUUCUGUUAGAUCUACGUCAUUGUCAUCGGCAAAUGUCUCGAAAAAGCGCGAGAGGCGUAGAAGCUGUACAACAUUGUAGAUCUUUCUCGUGGUGCCGACGUCCGGCGCGAGUGGACGUUCAGACUGUGAAAGAAAGAAAGACGGCCCCUUUGUACUACUAGUAUUCAGAAUACAUUUCCUCCCUGUCUCAAUUGCUCGCCACAGGCGAGUAGCAAGUGAACCCUACUUCAAAAUUAAAAAGAUGGCGAAGAAAAGGGCGAAAACUUCAACGUAGCACUUCCAGAAUGCUUCCCCUGCAAGGUCGAUGCAUGUUGCAAAUGAUGUUCCUGUUGAAGCUGCGGAGUCCCCGUUUGCUGAUUUUGGG